AGGCAAGUAAUUCCUUAAAGUCCAAACAUUAUUUAAUUACAGAAGACAGGUGGUGUUGGAAAUUGAAAGCAAAAGUUGCACUCCAAGCAAAAGCAAUGGAAGGGAAAGGGGGAUAUCAUGUCAUGGAUGGACUUUCUGCUUGCUUCACCCUUCUAAAAACCUCCUCAACUGAGGAAAGAACAUAUUCCCCUUUAACAAGCCCUCAUGGCCUCCAUUAAUCCCCUCCAUGCUCCUUCUGUAGCCUCCCGAUAUUCAUUCAGAAGCCUCCUACGGCAAUGGAAGAAGACUGGAACGCUCUUGCUGCCGACUGCGUGGUCAUCUCGUGUUGUUGCCAGUGCCUGAUCCUUCAGAUCGUCGUCUUCGUCCUCCUCAGGCUCCCAUAUAAGUUGAUCCGAAAAACUAGGGAACUCGCAAAGAGAAGGCUCGGGAGACGAAGGAAACCGAGGUCCAAAGCAAAAGGUAUGGUCGAGUCUAUGAAGUGCCGAUGCGGAGAGGACCACGGGUGGAUGAUCCUUGAUGGUUUGUCGAUCGAAGUUGAUGAUGGGGAUGAAUGUAUGAAGGAAGUAGAGAAAGUGUUGGGGGAAUUGGUGGAGAGGGGGGAGUUUGCAUUUGGGAGCUUCUGGGGCAGGGGAAGUUGUCGACAACAAAUUGGGAGCUCCCAAAGUCAAGGAUUUGAUUUUACAAAUGUUGUACAUUUCCAUUUAAUUGAAGUUGUCGGUCCUCGUAUUUGCAAAACAUAGAUCUUCAUCUUUUUUCUCCUUA